GUAAAUUCAUCAAAAAUCUAAUUUGGCAUCCCUUUUGAUAAUGUUAAAAUGAACUUUGAUGGUCUGAAACAGUUGCUUUCAAUCUGCCUUUAUUUUUUUCAUUAGGAAUAGAUAUUUACAAAUUUAACAAGCAAAGUCGAGUCAGCGGCAGGGAUUACAUGCGCCGUGUUCGUCGUGCAAAAAAAAGGUUGCUGAAGACAAAGAUUUCUAUCAAUACACCAAGGUCAGCCAAAAUACUGAGAGGUAUAGUUAAGGAAAAGGUAGAGUCAGGCGAAAUUAACAUUGGAAAAAAGAUAGCUCCAAAAACCUUCCUAACAACAACGAUAAAUAAGGAAGGAAACCUUAUUGAAAAAUCAAAAACAGUCUAUGGUAGAAAAAUUCCAUUAAAAGAAAUAUUGGAAAAAGAAAACCAUAGGUUACAUGCAGCUGGGGUUCUUAGAGUGAACACUGAUGAAUAUUAUGACGAAUUAACAGAGCCUGAGCUAGACAAGUGUCUGAUCAACUUGCAAGAGAAUCAUCACUGCAACAGCAACACAGAAACAAAACGUAACAUCUUGAAGGCAAUUCAAAGAUCAAGAAACAUUAAAGUCUGGCAUGACCAUUCUGAUAUUCUUAGCCAUACCUACAUAAAUUUCAUGAUAAGUUACAUGUAUGACUCUGCAAAUUUUCUAACAAGCAAAGAGUAUCUGGAAAAAAAUCCUACCAUCAAAGAUAUAGACAUACAGAAAAUUGUUGAAAGGCCACAACUGUAUAUUUUAGGACAAUCAGCAAGUACAGAUCAAGACCAAAGAACUUAUAUACAGACCAGAAUGGAGGACAUUGUAGAAGUAUCUGAAGGAACCAAAUUCCAAGAUGUCACUUUCACGGACAAAAUAAGAGUUUUCAGUGGCGACAACCCGGCAAGACAGUUUGAAGCAGGACAACAGAGAGGUGGAGCAUACAGCUGUCUUUGUGGUAUUCCAUCAAAAGCCCAUAUUAAUCUUGAAAGCUGCUACAAGCAAAAACCUCAGGAUCUGGAAGACAGACGAAAACUUGUAACUGAAGGGUAUUUGUGGAAAAAAAUUGAGGGAGGUAAUUUUAAUCCCUUCAAAAAUUUAAAAAAAGAAGAAAUUAUCAAUGAAUUGGAUUAUAGGAAAAUCGAAAUCAUAAAAGAAGAUAAGCCAUCCCUACAACAAGAACUGACAGAGCUGUUACAUGGAAUCUGCAGACCACCAGCACUGAUGCUAAAUAACCCAUCAACAUCAGCCUCUGAACAUCAUAUUGCCCAUUAUGAGAUCAUGCAGUGUGAACCAUUGCAUGAUAUAACAAAUGUGGUGCAAAAUGUUUUAACAGAACUUCCACACCAUGUGGAAGAUCCUGAGACAAAGAUGGCACUUGAAAAGUUUACAACAAAGGCCAUUGGUGAUAAAAACCAACUUAAGGGUUCGGAUGCCAGAUGUAUUGCCAUCAAACUGGAGAAAUUGGUUCACUCUCUCUUCUUAGAUGACAAGAUAUCUAAUGAUAUAGUCAAGAUGGUUUCUUCCAUGGUGGAAAUUAUUCACAUUGCUUACAGCCCUGAGGAGAAAAGAAGUCCAAGGCAAGUACUUCGCCUUUUCAACAUAACCUUUUUAUUUGGAGUAUUGGCGAAGUCUGUAAUUGCUAAUCCUGUGAAAAUGACACAAAGAAAGUUCUAUGGUAACCAUUUUCACUCCAUUGUUACACAUCUAGCUGAAACAUACAGGAUCAUGAACACCAAAUCUGUUCUUACUGAAGAUGAGGAGAGAUCUUUUGGACUUCUUAGAAGAAUUUCCGAGACCACUUCAAACAGAAAACCUGGUGAUGUGAUUGACAAUGCUAUCAUCAGAUACAAUUGUCAAUCACAAGCUGAUGACAGAUUAGACUCCUUAAAAAAACAAGAAUGUGAGAUAAGUCGCCUAGCUAAACUACUACCAGAAAGAACAAGUUCUGUAUUUAACAAAGACAUCCUAAUGAACAAAUCAUCUUUGUAUCAAACACAUUUAAGCAGGAUUGCUGAAUUUGUUAAACCUGGAGAAAACAUCUGGUGGCACUUCAAUGCUAAAAAAAGGGGUCAAGAUGGAAAAAUUGUUAUAGUGUUGAAUGAAAGAAAGAAAGACAAAGAAGUCCCCUAUCCGAAUGUUAGCACAGGUAUCCAGGCAACAUCAACAAAUAGUGUUGAGCAAUCUGAUGAUGAGCAUGAACCUGCAUUUAUUCCAACUGUGGAUGAAACUCGCAGCAAUCAUGAAGAGACAGAUGAUGAGCAGGAACCAGCAUUUAUUCCGACUGUGGAGGAAAAUCACAUCAAUCAUGAAGAGACAGAUACAGCAGUCCAACAUUCUAUUCAGGCAACAACAACAAGUAACAUGAGUAAUGAUGAGCAAUCAGAUGAUGAGCAGGAACCAGCAUUUAUUCCGACUGUGGAGGAAAAUCACACCAAUCAUGAAGAGACAGGCUACCAGUUAUCAAAUCAUACUGUACACAAUGUUGAUGAGAAAUUUGCUGCAAGAAAAGUAAUAGAUAAACAGCUUUCAACAAGAUAUAAGCAUUUGGAAGAUGACAAAGUUAAAGUUCUUUACAACUCAUAUAUUAACAAAGAUAAGAAAUCUGCUAUAUGUGACAAUGAUGACAGGUCAAGUUAUACAGCAAGUACAUGUAGAACAACCAUUAGGAAGAGAAAAUUGCAAGUUAAAAGGAAUCUUUUUGAAGACAAAAAAGGUAAAAGUAAUAAGGGGAUUCUGCUAGAACUUGGACAAAUUGACAAAAUGAAUAUGGUCCAUCAAUAUGUAUUAGAUUCAAGUAAAGUGAUGGCAGAUGUUCAAAAACCUAAAACAGAGAUGGACUUUUGCAAAGAUCUGUUAGGUGAUGAGAAUAGAGAAAUAAUAGAUGUCAUCAAAUACCAAACUCUUCUUGAAAAAUAUCCAGGCAACAGAUCGUUUAAAUCUUCAUUUGAUAUUGCUAUGGCUAAGUUACAAACUGCAAUAUCAAAGGAACAUAACACACUAAAGAAAUUGUUUUUGGAAUCAAAGUUUGAUCGUAUAAUAUCUGGUAAACUAAAAAAAGCAGAAAUGCUUUUGAAAAAAUGGAAAGUAUAUUUCUUUUAACCCAAUUUUGGUCAGGUUUUCAUUCUUAUAUAUAUUUAAAUUCAAAUGGUAAUUAUCUUGUUGCAGUGAUAAGUAUAUAUCAUAGAUUUAGAAGGAUUAUUGGGUUUUUCUUUUUUGAUAAGCUGAAUGUUAUGUUAUAUAUAAUUAUUUCAAAGAGAAAGCAAUUCAAAAUGAAAAUCUUGUUUUUAUUGUUUUUUUCAUCGGACUGCGUUGAAUUCAACACAUGUAUCUAUUUUACAUGUUAAUGUAUUUACAUGUAUAUGGAAGUUAAAACAUCAAGACUUUUUCUGCAAAAUGUUUAUUUAGGUUUUUUUUAAUGUAAUUAAGCUCAUUUCAAAAACUAACAGUUGUCACUUGACAAAAAUAAAAGGUCAACAUUGAAACCAGGUACUUGUGUACUUUGAAGGUUUUAUGAAGUUUGAGUUUGUUAUGUAAUAAAGAUAAUGUUAGUAAAAAAAUGUAAAUACCAUUUUCUGUGAGCUUCCUCAGGUUUUAACAAUGGAUGGUAUUUAAAUUUAGACAAAUUGUCAAUAAUCAUUGAGUUAUGGUGCCAGGGAAACAUUAAGGUGGCAGUUAAAUUAUGGUACUUUUGAGUUAUUUGAUUGUUAUCCAUCUACUUUGAACUGUUUGAUAGGUUUCCAGUUACAGUAACAUAUUUUGUUAUAACAUGUGUAAUAUCAAUAUCUAACCAGUAACUUUGUAAAAAUGGAUGUCAAGCUUAUGAUAGAUAAAUUAAUUAUUUUUAAUUAAUAAAAGAUGAAAACAUAAAAGUUAAAUCAAUUUAUGGAAUAUUUUCUAUACUAAUUUGUCUUAAUAUAUUAUGAAUUCUAGAUUUUUGCUUACAUGCUAAGGAUUACAAUUAUAUUAUGAAUUCUGGAUUUUUCCUUACAUGUUGAGGAUUACAAUUAUAU